AUGAGAUACCUGAAAGCAUCCCUCAUACUGACGGCGCUCCUCAUGUCUUCGUCUUUUGCCCAGAAUUCAACUUACGCGAACCCUAUCCUCCCUGGCUGGCAUUCAGACCCUAGCUGCACCUUUGUGCCGGAAGAGGACAACACAUUCUUCUGCACGACUUCGUCUUUUCUCACAGUUCCGGGAAUACCCAUAUAUGCAAGCAAAGAUCUGGUGAACUGGAAGCUUGCCAGUGAUGUCGUAACCAGGGUAGCCCAAAUGCCGGAAAUUGCGAAUAGUACCUCGCAGACACAACAAGAUGGCCUCUGGGCGUCGACGAUCAGAUAUCGCAAGGGGAAGUUUUAUCUUUUGACCUCAUACGUCUCGAUGUAUCCAGACUUUGGGUUCAAAGGAUUACUUUUCACGACCGAGGAUAUUUACUCAGACAAAGCGUGGAGCGAACCGCUGAGAUUCGAAAUUGGAGAUAUUGACCCUGAUAUUUUCUGGGAAGAGGACGGCACCGCGUAUAUAUCAUACGCGGGUGUCUCGCAGACCACACUUGACCUCGAAACUGGAAAGACUGGGCCGUCAUACAGGAUUUGGAACGGCACAGGUGCUGGCCUGCCAGAGGGGCCUCAUAUAUACAAGAAGGACGGCUGGUACUAUCUCUGCAUCGGCGAGGGAGGUACAGAGCUUGGUCAUCAGCAAGUCAUCGCUCGGUCAAAGAAUGUGACCGGGCCAUUCGAAGGAUAUAGCGGAAAUCCUAUUUUGACGAAUAAGAACACGACCGAAUACUUCCAGACCGUUGGUCAUGCAGACCUUUUCCAGGAUGGCAACGACAACUGGUGGGGGGUAGCUUUGGCAACACGCUCCGGUCCAGCUUGGAGAGUUUAUCCCAUGGGUCGAGAGACCGUUCUGUUCCCCGUAACCUGGAAAGAAGGAGAGUGGCCUAUCCUUGAGCCUGUGCGGGGACGAAUGUCUGGGUGGGAGCUGCCGCAGCCGUCUCGCAGUAUUCCAGGCUACGGGCCAUAUGUCAGUGCUCCAGAUCGGAUAGACUUUGCUCCUGGAACCUCUAUCCCUCGGCACUUUUUGUUCUGGCGUUUCCCCAAGAGUGAUUCCUUCACUGUAUCUCCUCCCGAGCGCCCAUUUUCCUUGCGUUUGACACCAUCACGCCAUAAUAUAACCGGUCUCGGUAGCACUGGGGAAAGCGUGGAACAAACAGCUAUCACACUGAUAACGCGUCGACAAAGCCAUACAUACUUCAUCUACAGUGUAGACGUGUCGUUUGCUCCAACAAAGGAAGGGGAGGAAGUUGGGGUGACAGUUUUCCUAACUCAGUAUCAGCAUAUUGACUUGGGAAUAGUUCUCCUCCGAGUUUCUGGAAAGUUGAUUCCUCACCUGCGUUUUCAGACGACAUUGCUAGAUGAUCUGAACACACCAGCAACACAGAACGUCACAGUCCCAGAGACCGUUACCAGGGCCCUACCCCGUUUGAAGAAUAAUCGAGUCAGGUUGCAGAUCCAAGCAGUCAACGAUACUCACUACAUUCUAUCUGCUGCGCUGUCCGGGCAAGAUAAGUUCGACUUUAGUCAACAAGCGGAGGCUGUGUUGGUCAGCGGGGGCACUGGGAGGUUCACAGGUAAAUGUCCGCUUGACGAAAUGCUUUGA